CAGUAUUAUUUUUCUUGCUAUCCAAGCUCGUUCGUUCGCUCCUCUUGCCUUCGCAGACUUUUGUUAGCUUUCUCUCUAAGAAAUAUUACCCUAUUUAUACUCUCCCCACCACGAAUUCCUCACUUUCUUGCUUCUCCUCAGUUACAGUUUCUCCAUUUUCAUCACUGAUCUUGCUGGAUUCUACGGCAUGCAUCUCUACAAUGCAUGGCUUCCGCCGCCUGUGGCUGCUCAGACCGUCAAGGAGCGCGACUCCUUUGCCCGCGUCAUCAGCGCCGUCAAGGCCUCCUACAGCCCUGAUGAUCCCGAUUCGGUCUUCUCAACCCUCAGAUACAUCUCCGUCCUUGACCUUUUCUUGAAGGCGAAGAGUGAAGUAUCUUUGGAAGAUGUCCAUGCAGUUAUUGAGAUGGGCCUAGAAUUGUUUCACAUGGCCCGUAAUAAACUUUAUGCUCAGGUUAGAUGGGGAAAUUUAAUAGUCAGACUUCUCAACAAGUACAGGAAAAAAAUUACACUAACUGUUGAGUGGCGGCCUUUGUAUGAUACAUUGGUUCUCACACAUUUCAGCAGAAGUACAGGGCCAGAAGGUUGGAGAUUAAGACAGCGCCAUUUUGAAAUCAUAACUUCCCUUGUUCGUUCUUGCCGAAGGUUCUUUCAAUCGGGCUCUGCUGUUGAAAUAUGGUCUGAGUUUAGAUCAUUAUUGCAAAACCCUUGGCAUAAUUCCGCCUUCGAGGGAUCUGGCUUUGCAAGACUCUUUCUACCUACAAACUUGGACAAUCAGCCAUUCUUCUCACAUGAUUGGAUUGAAGAGUGUAUAGAGCUGUGGGACUCUAUACCAAAUUGCCAAUUUUGGAAUGGUCAAUGGGCAGCUAUUAUAGCUCGUGUUGUAAAAAAUUACCACAAUGUUGAUUGGGAGUGCUUCUUGCCUGCACUUUUCGCUAGAUACUUAAACAUGUUUGAGGUUCCAGUUUCAAAUGGAAGUGGAUCAUACCCCUUUCCAUUGGAUGUCCCAAGAAACACAAGGUUCUUGUUCUCCAACAAAACUGCUACCCCUGCAAAGGCUAUUGCAAAAUCAAUUGUGUAUCUAUUAAAACCUGGUAGUUCAGCACUGCAGUACUUUGAGAAAUUGGUCAACAUCUUGGAACAAUAUUAUCACCCCUCAAAUGGUGGCCGAUGGACUUACUCAUUGUCGAGAUUUUUGUUCCAUUUGGUGAUUCAAUUCCAGAAGCGUCUACAGCAUGAAAAAGAGAGUGUAAAUGAUGGCAAACAAUCUGAACAACAUCUUGGAGGAUCAGAGAGAGCGUUCUUUGUUAAUUCAGUGCUUAAGUUAAUUGAUCGAGGUCAAUACAGCAAGAAUGAGCACCUCUCUGAAACUGUUGCUUUUGCAAUUCCUGUAUUGUCAUAUGUGGAGCCUUCGUUGGUUCUGCCAUUUGUGGCCUCUCGGUUCCGAAUGGCUCUUGAGACGAUGACUGCCACCCACCAGUUGAAAAUUGCUGUUACGUCUGUAGCACUUGUUGGGCGUUCAUUAUUUUUUACCUCUCUAUCAGCAUCCUCUUCAAAAUCAGUUGAUCUUGGUGGUGGGGAUGACACAUUCAUGGAUCUUAUGGCAGUUUCAUUGUCCAAUGCAUUGCUUGGCAUGGAUGCUAAUGACCCUCCAAAAACAUUGGCUACCAUGCAACUAAUAGGUUCCAUCUUUUCCAAUUUGGCUUUACUGGAUGAUAAAAUUGAUGAUUUGUCAUUUAUGCCAAUGAUUCACUUUUCUGAGUGGCUGGAUGAGUUUUUGUGCCGUCUAUUUUCCUUGCUUCUUCACCUGGAGCCAAGCAGUGUUAUAAAUGAAGGUUUACACUCAUCAGCAGCAUCAGGAACCUUUCUGGUUAAUGAUGGUCCAUACUACUUUUGUGUGCUUGAAAUCCUGCUUGGAAGGCUUUCAAAACCACUGUAUAAUCAGGCUUUGAAGAAAAUUUCCAAGUUUGUAAGGACGAACAUUCUUCCUGGUGCUAUCGGAGAGGUUGGACUUCUUUGUUGUGCAUCCGUUCAUUCAAACCCGGAAGAGGCAGUUAGUCAAGUUGUUGAGCCAAUUCUAUUAUCUGUAAUAUCUUCUUUAAAAGGAACACCACGUACAGGAUUUGGGGGAGGAGGGACUUUCAAUGCUUCUGCUUCAUCCAAGGUUAAAUCCACACUGUCACCAGCUCUUGAGGCUGCAAUCGAGUAUCAACUAAUGAUAUUGUCAGUUGGCAUCACAUAUGGAGGCCUGGCACUUCUUCGCUGCAAGGAUCAAUUGAAAGAAGCCAUCUUCUUGGCUUUUGAUUCACCUUCUUGGAAGGUUAAUGUGGCUGCUGAUCAUCUUCUUCGAUCCCUUCUUGGGAGUCAGAUUCACUAUUAUCCAGUUGAUCAGUAUAAGUGCAUUCUUAGUCACCCUGAUGCUGCUGUUCUUGAAGAAUGGAUCAGCACAAAAGAUUAUUCCAAUGAUGAAAGAUUGAUUCCAAAAUGGCAUAUUCCAUGUGAUGAAGAAGUACAGUUUGCAAAUGAGCUUUUAGACAUUCACUUUAAGUCAGCUUUGGUUGAUCUUUUGAAUAUAUGCCAAAAUAAAAUCCAUACUGAUCAAGGAGAUGAGAAAGAGCACUUGAAAGUGACUCUUUUACGUAUAGUAUCAUCAUUGCAAGGUCUAUUUUCUUGCUUGCCUGAUUUCCUUCCUGCCUCCAGGAAUGGAAUGGCUGAGGAUUCAGACCAUACUUUUUUGCUUGCUGGAGCGACUGGUUCUACUGUUGGUAGUACUGCUCUGCGAGAAAAGGCUACUGAGGUUGUUCAUGAAGCAUGCAAAUAUGUACUGGAAAAAAAAUCUGAUGACAGCAGCUUGCUGAUACUAAUUAUUCGUGUUAUGGAUGCUUUAGGAAACUAUGGUAGUUUGGAGUUUGAUGAAUGGUCUAGUCACAGACAGGCUUGGAAGUGGGAAUCUGCGGCAAUUAGAGAACCUCCCAUUAAUUUCAUUGUAUCAUUUCAUUCUAAGGGAAAGAAAAGACCUAGGUGGGCACUUAUUGACAAAGCAUUCAUGCACAGUACAUGGAGAUCUUCACAAGCAUCCUAUCAUCUUUACCGUAUGAGUGGGAAUUUCUGUCCAUCAGAUCAUUUGACUCUUUUGAUGGAUGAUCUUUUAAAUCUCUCUAUGCAUAGCUACGAAACUGUCCGCGUGUUUGCAGGAAAAUCUCUUAUUAAGAUGAUCAAGAGAUGGCCUUCUAUGAUUUCAAAGUGUGUUAUCACACUUACUAACAACUUGCGCAACCCCAAUGCAGAGGAAUAUGCAGUGCUGGGUUCUUGUUCAGUUCUUUCCUCACAAACAGUCCUCAAGCAUUUGACAACGGAUCCAAAGGCAUUCUCUUCAUUUAUCCUGGGGAUUCUUUCGAGUUCACAUCAUGAAUCUUUGAAAGCCCAGAAAGCAAUCAAUGAGCUCUUUGUAAAAUACAACAACCACUUUCCCGGAGUAUCUAGAAGCUUUUUCAGGAUGUCAGAUAAUCACACUAGUGGACCAGAUUUCUCGGAUUUGGUUUCUCAGAUUGGCUCUAUGAGUUUUGAUUCUACUGGCUUGCAUUGGCGGUAUAAUUUGAUGGCUAACAGAGUUUUGCUUCUGUUGGCUUUGGCCUCUAGAAGUCACCCAAGUUCAUCAUCUAAAAUCCUGAGUGAAACUGCUGGACACUUUCUCAAGAAUUUGAAAAGUCAUCUUCCUCAAACAAGAAUACUAGCAAUUUCAGCUCUUAAUACACUGUUAAAGGAAUCUCCUUAUAGGCUGUCUGCUGGUGAGAAAUCUGUUAUUUCUAACGAUUUGCAAGGCAAUGUCAAGUCAUCUCUAGAAGGAGCUUUAACUCAAACUUUUCAGGAAGAGGGGUUUUUCAAUGAGACAUUAAAUAGUCUCUCUCAUGUUCAUAUAAUAAGUGAUAAUGAAACUUCAUCUACAAGAGGAGGUCCUGGUGAUUCUAGUUUCCAAAGCCUAGCAGACAAAGCCAUAACUCGAUUCUACUUUGAAUUUUCAUCUUCUUGGCCACGUACGCCCAGUGAUACCUUUAUACAACGUGAUUGCUUUUACCCAAAUUUUGCACGCAUUUUUAAGCGGCUAGUACAAGAAUGUGGCAUGCCUGUUAUAUUGGCUCUUAAAGGUGCAUUAGAUGAGUUUACAAGUGCCAAGGAGAGGUCUAAACAAUGUGUAGCUGCUGAAGCACUGGCAGGUGUGCUACACUCUGAUAUUGAUGGUCUAUCAGGAGAAUGGGAUAGUUGGCUGAUGCCCCAGUUACAGAAUAUUAUUCUAGCACAAUCUGUUGAAUCACUUCCUGAGUGGGCCUCUUGCAUACGAUAUGCAGUUACUGGUAAAGGAAAGUAUGGCACUACGGUUCCUCUAUUGAGGCAGAAAAUUCUAGAUGCUAUGAUGGCAUCCUUACCUCCAACAGUAGCGACCACUGUAAUAGUUAAGCGAUAUAAUUUCUUGGUAGCUGCACUUGUUGAAGUAUCCCCACAGAAUAUGCCAAUAACUGAAAUCCAGCUCCACAAUACACUUCUGAAGGAAGUGCUUGAUAAUAUGAGCCACUCAUCAUCCCAAGUGAGGCAAGUUCUAGGUAUCACCCUCACAAUAUUGUGCUCUAACAUUCGGCUAUAUCAUUCAAGUCAUCGUGAUAGUGCAUAUGAUGAGAGACAAAGCAAUCCUGAUAAUUUGUUAAAAGAUGCAAGAUGGGUUCAGUUUCUUCCAGAGCGAGCUGCUGAGGCAGUUGUGAACAUUCAGGAUACUACCCAGUCAGACAAAGGGGUGAAUUCUACGGAUAUAAAUCUUGAAAAUGGACUUCUGGAUGGUGAUUCACAAGAUGAUAUAAAAUGGAUGGAAACGUUAUUUUACUUCAUCUUCUCAUCAUUGAAGUCUGGGAGAUCCUCAUAUCUGCUUGAUGUGAUUGCGGGGCUUCUUUAUCCUGUUAUUUCCCUGCAGGAAACAUCAAAUAAAGAUUUGUCAACAUUAGCCAAGGGAGUAUUUGAAUUGCUUAAAUGGAGUGUUUUCCGGCAACCUCACCUCCAAAAGGUUGUCUCAGUGAUUUUAUCUGCUGCAAAUGAUUCCAACUGGCGAACUAGAUCUGCUACAUUGACAUAUCUUCGUACUUUCAUGUAUAGGCACACUUUCAUUCUCCCGAGUUCAAUGAAACGGGAUAUUUGGAGAACUGUAGAGAAAUUGCUUGUAGACAACCAAGUUGAGGUAAGAGAGCACGCAGCAGCAGUCUUAGCAGGCUUAUUGAAGGGUGGAGAUGAAGAUCUAGCUAAAGAUUUCCGUGAUCGAGCUUAUGUUGAAGCAAAUGUUUUACAAAAGAAAAGAAGGAUGAGAAAUGCAAGCUCUGGUUCAUCAGUAGCAUCAGUUCAUGGUGCUGUACUAGCAUUGGCAGCUUCUGUUUUAUCAGCCCCUUAUGAUGUGCCCAGCUGGUUGCCUGAGCACGUUACAUUGCUGGCUCGCUUUAGUGGGGAGCCAUCUCCUGUGAAAUCUGCUGUAACAAAAGCAGUUGCAGAGUUCAGGCGGACUCAUGCAGAUACUUGGAAUGUUCAGAAAGAAUCAUUUACUGAAGAACAACUUGAGAUUCUGGCAGAUACAUCCUCAUCAUCAUCGUAUUUCGCUUAAUCCAAUAUUAGCAAGAAGUGGUUAAAAGAGUACUGAAAAUAUAGGAUACAAAGUAUGUUUUCCAAAUUUUUUGUGUAUUUUUAGUUUGUAAAAAUAGCCAUUAUCUACAUUUGUAUCAUUGAUCAUCUUCAUAGGCAGCUUAUUCUUUAUUUCUGAUGUUGGACUUUUUUCCCUUGUGUGUUCUGUGAUCUUUCUUAUACCAUGGGAUCAAUUAGAUCUUCUGACGGUAAAUCCCACAGAACACACUGCGCGUUGAAUAAAUUGGAUCUAUUUCUAAUUUC